AUGCUGCCACUUGUGGAGAAAAUCCACCCAACUCAGACCAAUAAGAUCCCCUGUAUGAAUUUGGAGGGUGAGAACAAUUACAACAUCAUUAACAUGAUUGGAGAAUCUGAGCUUCUGGAUGAAAUGAUGGAUAAAAUGGACGCUCUAGGAAGCUGGACACAAGCCGCAUGUGGAUACUCCUUUUACAGAUUCCCACAGGAAGAGGAACAGCUCCAGCACUGGAUUUCCAGCAUGCAGACAGCUGCAGGAUGGAGACCUUCAGAGUCUGCGCUUUUAUGUUCAGACCAUUUCACCCCUGAUUGCUUCCAAACAUCAGGACGGUUACACUCCUAUGCGGUCCCCUCUGUGUUUCAGUCCACGGAAGAAACAUCGGCUACAAGCCUAGAAACUUCAGAACACGAAAUAUGUGGUGGUUGUGAAAAACAAGUCCACUUGAUUGAAAAGUCGUACAAACUAAAAUUGCUUUCAGCCCAACUGAAAGUGAAGAAAUAUGAAAAGGAGCUGAGUGAGCGGUCCCACAGGGUGACUAAGCUACAGAGAAAAGUGAUCGUUUUACAGACCGCAUUGAAGGUCAUGAGCAUGAGGAAGCUCGUAUCCUCACCCAAAAGACAAGAAUCAUCAUCAAAUACCACCAGCUUGAUGAAAUGAGAA